AUGGCAACGGUACGACCCCCCUCCCCCGAACCCAGGAAAGAGGCUGCCAAUUCCACCACCCCUGAUGUGGCGAUCAAGGCCGCCCCAAGCGCCGACAAGUCAGCACCCUUUCGGGAUUUCAUUUCCCAGCCGGUAACCGCUGCCUUCUGUGGCGGUGGUGUUGCCGGUGCAGUUUCACGAACUGUCGUCUCCCCUCUCGAACGAUUGAAGAUUUUGUACCAGAUCCAGGGCGCCGGUCACAAUGAAUACAAGCUGCCUGUUGGCAAGGCGCUGGCAAAGAUGUGGCGUGAAGAAGGUUGGAGAGGCUUCAUGGCGGGAAACGGCACGAAUUGCAUACGGAUUGUUCCGUACUCAGCUGUCCAAUUCGGCAGCUACAACCUCUACAAAAAGCACCUUUUCGAGAGCACGCCUGGAGCCGCCCUCAGCCCGCUUCAAAGACUUUUGUGUGGUGGUAUAGCAGGCAUUACAUCAGUCUUCUUCACAUAUCCCCUUGACAUCGUCCGCACGCGAUUGUCUAUCCAAUCUGCCUCCUUUGCCGCACUGGGCAACCGGCCUAAAGGAGGAAAGCUGCCGGGGAUGUGGCCAACUUUGGUAGGCAUGUACAAGCAGGAAGGUGGUGUCAUGGCUCUGUACCGGGGCAUCGUUCCUACCGUCGCUGGGGUAGCACCUUAUGUCGGAUUGAAUUUCAUGACAUACGAGUAUGUACGGAAAGUCCUGACUCCUGAGGGAGACGAGAACCCGAGCGCGUGGCGAAAACUCUUGGCUGGCGGCGUUUCUGGAGCAGUUGCGCAAACAUGCACAUAUCCAUUCGACGUGUUACGCCGGAGAUUCCAGAUCAACACCAUGUCGGGCAUGGGUUACCAAUACAAGUCCAUAUUCGAUGCUGUAAGAGUCAUCGUUAGCCAGGAAGGUAUCCGCGGCAUGUACAAAGGCCUUGUCCCCAACCUACUCAAAGUUGCCCCGAGUAUGGCAGCGAAUUGGCUCAGUUUCGAGAUGACCAGGGACUUCCUGGUCGGCCUGAACGCUCAACCCGUCCCGAUAUAGGGCGUGGGUUAUUCUAGUCCUUUGUUGGAUGUUGCAAUAUGCUUUUCUCAGCACUGUACCGAUUAUAAUAGAGCAGCAACUUGGCUGCAAUGGAAGACGCAGGAGACAUUACUGGAUAAGUGCUGCUUCAGUCAAGCCGGGCCCAUAGGCUUGAAAGCCUGCAUACACGAAGGGGAUUGUGUUUGGAAUCAUGUGGCAUUAUCAAGGGGGGGUUAGACAAAGACAGGGCUUAUUAGAGAACGAGUUCUACACAGUUCUACGCGGGAACUUACCCGAUAGCUCAAAUACAAGCAAUUACAUUACACAGUCGGAG